AUGUCUGAGGAUGAGGAGGAGUUAAUGAGAAUAUAUGGUGGUAUUGAUAUGAGCAGCCAUCAGGAAGUAUUUACAACGCUCUUUAACAAAGUGAGCAGCUCCCCAGCCUCCCUCCAGCUCCUGUCGAUUCUUCAGGGUCUUCUGCAGUUGGGACCUGCAAACUGCAACGCCUGGCUGGCUUUGGAAGCCUUGGUAAACAGAGCCAUAUUCCUGGCUGAUGACGGUAAUCCAUGUUUAUAUUCUCCUCAUCAGCACAUUGAAAAAGUGAAAGCAGCUGUCGUUCAAGCCAGCUCCAGACCAAUCGUCCCCACUGCCCCCACCUCCUCUACCUCCACCUCUGAAAGCAACAGGGGGGACACCUCCCCCACCACCCCUCCCUGGCAUGGGCAGCCCACCCCCCCUCCCCCCCCACCCCUUCCUGGUAUGUGUGGCAGUCCUCCCCACCGUCAGGAGGGGGAGGGUGGAGGUACGGUCCAUACCCCCCUUACCCCUCCUCCUCCACCACCUCUGCCAGGCAUGGCCCCACCGCCACCUCCUUUGCCUGGCAUGGGCAGCAUGUCUACCCCUCCUCCUCCACCACCUCUGCCAGGCAUGGCCCCACCGCCACCUCCUUUACCUGGCAUGGGCAGCUUGUCUCCCCCUCCGCCCCCACCACCCUGCCCGGGUACAGGAGACAUGCUAGUGGCACAGACCAGCUACUCCUUGGGAUGCGCUCAGACUGACUUUCACAAACCAGUCCGCUACCCAACGCUCCAGAUGAAGAAGCUAAACUGGCAGAAGCUGCCUUCUAAUGCGGUGUCAGACAGUAACUCCAUGUGGACCUCUGUGCAGAGUGUGGACAGCUCUCUAGAGCCAAAUUACUCCAGCAUUGAGCAGCUCUUCUGUCUGCCUGUAGCUCAGUCCAAAGAGAAGGAGGCUGCUGCUCCUGUCAAGAAGCCUCCCAAAGAGAUUACUUUUCUUGAACCUAAGAAGAAUCUUAAUUUGAACAUAUUUUUGAAGCAAUUUAAGUGUUCCAACGAGGAGGUCGUUCACAUGAUCAAGACUGGAGAUCGAUCCAAGUUUGAUGUGGAAGUUUUGAAACAACUUUUGAAGCUGCUGCCUGAGAAGCAUGAAAUAGCAAAUCUAAAAUCAUUUCAAGGCGAGAAGGAAAAACUGGCUAAACCAGAUGAAUUCUACUUCCUCCUCCUUGGCGUGCCAUGCUACCAGUUACGGAUUGAGUGUAUGCAGUUGUGUGAGGACACUGCCUCUGUGAUGGAGAUGCUGCGGCCAAAAGUGGACUUGAUCGACGCAGCAUGUGACAGUUUGUUGGCCAGCACUAGAUUACCAAGCUUCUGUAAAUUACUUCUAAAAGUUGGAAACUUCUUAAAUUAUGGAAGUCACACAGGCAACGCAGAGGGGUUCAAAAUUAGCACUCUUCUGAAGCUGACUGAGACAAAGGCAAACAAGUCCCGUAUCACACUGCUACACCACAUGGUGGAGGUGGGGCAUAGGCUGGAGUGUAUGAGCAUCCUACUUAUAAGUAUUGAGUCAAUCCAGGCUGAAGCGAGUUCUCUAACCAAACGACUGAGGGAGACUUCUGGUAAAAUAGCAGCAUCUACAGAAGAGGUCAAGCUGCAGUAUGCAAAACCUACACAGGUGCGUUAA